UACAAUGAGAUACCAGGAGACUUUCACUUCUGCAAUCGUCUGUCACAUCCAAGGGCUCAGUAGCUCCAGUGGCGUUUGGGAACCGCUUCGGAGGCCCAGGACUCCCAGCGCUGCGCAAAGGUCCGCAGGGCUCCAGCUAGCAAGGCGGGAGGUCCCUCAGGGCAAGUGUUUGGUCGCCCCGCCCCUUACUUCUGAGCUAUCCUUUCUCCACAGUUUACCUUUGCCUGCAAGCCAAGGGGAGACUCAGGACCCCGAGUUCCAGGGAUUCAAGCUACAAUGGCAACCCAGUACCAUGGUGUGAGUUCCUACCAGGGCAACCCAGAAACCAGCCACGAGCCUGGAAGCCAAGAUGACACAAAUUCCCAGCUGAGAAUUGUGUUAGUGGGUAAAACUGGAGCAGGAAAGAGUGCAACAGGGAACAGCAUCCUGGGAGAGAAAGCGUUUUAUUCUGGAAUUUCAGCAAAAUCCAUCACCAAGGUGUGUGAGGACCGGAGGACCGUGUGGAACACAAGAGACGUUGUGGUCGUGGACACGCCUGGAGUCUUUGACACUGAGGUACAGGAUAGCGACACGCGCAAGGAGAUCGUUCGCUGCAUCCUCCUGACCUCCCCAGGGCCUCACGCUCUGCUGCUGGUCGUGUCCCUGGGCCGCUACACCGCGGAGGAAGAGAAGGCCACAGAGAAGAUCCUGAGAAUGUUUGGAGACAGGGCGAGAAGAUACAUGAUUCUCUUAUUCACCAGAAAAGAUGACCUGGGCGACACUGACUUCCCUGAGUACUUGAAGGAGGCGCCAAGUGGCAUUCGGGGGCUGAUGCAGAAGUUCGGGGAUCGCUACUGUGUGUUCAACAACAGGGCAACAGGAGCCGAGCAGGAGGCGCAGAGGACACGGCUGCUGACCCUGGUGGAGCGCAUGGUGCAGGAGAAUGGGGGAGGAUGCUACACCAACCAGAUGUACCAGAGGGCCGAGAAGGAGAUUCAGAGACAAACCCAUGAGAUGCAAGAACGUUACGGAGCAAUGCUGGAGCAAGAGCGAGCACGGAUAAGAGAGGAGUAUGAAGAGCAAAUUAGACACCUGACCGACCAACUGGAACGGGAAAGGAGAAGGGCGCAGAUGGAGAGGGAAUGCUCCAGAACAGAGGCUUUCUAUACUAAGAGACAACAAGGUGCCAGAAGGGAAGUCAUGAAUCAGAAUAAAAUAGUUGAAAUCAUCUUUCAAGUAUUGGAUAUUGCUUCUCUUAUCUUUAGCCAGCUUUUCAGACAGUAGACCUAGUGAACUCUCGCCUGUGUUUCCUGCAUUUUCUCUGAUGACCUGCCCUACAGGACUCCUCCAUCCAAAGCCUCUACUUCCUGUCUUUUAGCACUAAGGGAUGCAGCAAAUUUCACCCCGGCAGUCUGCAGGCGAUUGAGCUGUGAAACCCCAAAGCAGCCCCUGUGAGAGCUUGCUUCCUGUGCGCUCUUCCUCAGGGGCACAGAGGACAUCCCCGGAGAGCACAGGAGACGCCGUGGGCCGGACCAGCACUUCUCUAGAUUCUCGGUACAUCGGAACCUCGUCUCCACCUGCAGCUUCUGCCCUUACUUUUGGCUCUAGGACAGCAAUGAUCGCGUUAUCAUAUGCUUUGUUAGAAAGCUCAAUGCUUUGCAGCAUAUAAUCUUUAUUGACAUAGAUGGUGGAAUAAUUCUCCUCCUAUGAGUGUCCAAUUUGCUUAUUUACACUGUCCCUGAAGAACUAAAUUGCUUCUUUUCAUCAGCAGUUUGAAAGAAAUGAUUUGUCAGCAAAGCCUCUCAGAAUUCAAAUAAGCUUGAAGGAGCAAAAAUCAUUAAUUCAAAGAGAAGGGAAGACAACAGUGUUUGGCAUGUUGAGCUGUAUUGACAGAAUGUCAGUUUAUCCAAUCUGAUGGACAAUCAGUUCUCGCCUCUCCUGAGAAGUGAGCUGGCUGCUGGAAUUCCCACCACCCGAUCCCUUAUUGCUUGUUUCUCCUAACCCACCUGCUUGGUCUGCUUAACAGUAAAAUAAAGCUAUUUCCUUCUCUCAUA